UAGUUGUGUGCGAGAUUGAAAAACUCGGGAAAACAGCAGUCAUUGUUCCGGCAUAGUUUCCUGAAGAGGCACUGUCAACAGAAAUUUUUUUAAGAUCGAUCUGUACGUUGGUGGAGUACUGGAAGAACCAAUCGCUGGCAGCGUGGUUGGUCCUACAUUUGCUUGCAUCAUUGCAGAACAAUUUGUACGACUUCGCGAUGGAGAUAGAUUCUACUUUGAAAACAAAGGAGUAUUCAUGCCUAAGCAAGUGGCAGCGUUGAAAGCAGUGACACUUUCAUGGGUGCUAUGCCAAACAGGUGACAGUAAGGGCUCUUACUUAUUAUUUCAUUUGAGUAUGACAAGAAUUGUACCAAAUGCCUUCACUAUUGACCGCGGAGAGAGGGCCGUGCCGUGCUCUUCGCUAAAACCAUUGGAUCUUCUCGCGUGGAAGGAAUAG